GGGCACUAAUGAGUGAAUAAGCGGUGAGCGAAAGCAACGGACAGUUCGACUCAAAAGAAGAAACCAGAGUGAACAUCUCAGUCUGAUUACUGGUGGUUUCGUGUUUGGAUCGUGAUUGCGCUUCAAUUUUUUUUUUUAAUUUUGACGACGGAAAAUCGGAAAGGAGAACAUGUUUCACAACUCGUUUCAUUGGGGCUCUUUUUGUGUUAAUGACGAUUUGAAUUACUUAUGUGUCCCAUAAAUAAGUGAACGGAAAGAUACAUAUAUACAGAAAUUCUCUCGAAAUUAAGGCAGAAGUCCCAAACUGAAGUGCAUGAAAAUAAAUAAAUAAAUAAAUAAAAUAAUAACAAUAAAGACGGUAGUGCGCAUUGAGUCAAAUUAUUAAAGAAGUGAUACUACACAUGCGGGCACCCUUCCUGAACGGUUUAUACGGAAUUGAAUUAUAUUUUCGCACAUUAAUACAAUUGAAAAGCACCAAUAAGUGAAAACGCCGGGAAAAAGAUUGCGCUUUACUUUGGAAAAGCGAAAAAAAUAAAUUGUCAUGUUGAUUGAAUCGGGUAUCAAUCGAGAUUUUGGACCUAUUGCACCAGCCAGCUUUAACAUACCAGCACACUGGAAAAUGGAUCCACCCAGAAUACCCACACUCAAUGCCCCCGCCGCUGGAAGUGUCGGUGGAUCGAUGCCACCUUUACAUCCAAAUGUGGGACUAGUUUCUUCCGGACAAAUGCCAGGAUCUGCUAUGUUUACGGGCGGAGCCAAUUGCCAACCAUCACCCAGCACGCUCAGUGCUCUGGUAUCUCAACAACGACUGCUGGAACUAUCACGAUUCAGUGGUUUGCGAGGAUAUGAUAUCGCACAACAUAUGCUGACACAACAGGGUGCGGUAUCCAAGUUAUUGGGUUCCUUACGUCCACCUGGCCUAAUUGGUGGCUCAAAGCCAAAAGUUGCGACCCCAACCGUUGUUUCCAAGAUCGAACAAUACAAGCGCGAGAAUCCAACGAUAUUUGCUUGGGAGAUACGAGAGCGGCUAAUAUCUGAAGGUGUUUGUACAAAUGCAACAGCUCCCUCGGUGUCAUCCAUCAAUCGCAUAUUGCGAAAUCGUGCGGCGGAACGGGUAGCAAAUGAAUUUGCUCGUACUGCGGCCUAUGGCUUAUAUCCUCCACAUCCAUAUGGAGGAUUUUCAUGGCAUCCUGCUGCUGCUGCGGCAGCCGCUACUACAAGUGGUACAAGCCCACAUUUUUGGUCGCCAGCUAUGAGUGCGGGAGCUGCUUUGGCGCCGAUACCAUCUGUGAGUCAUGCGGCGACCACAGUUCCUAACAACAGCACAAACAGAGCAAUUUCUCCAAGUUCGGGCAGCCAUGAUACUCUGGAAUCUCCUGAUGAUAGCCGACAUGUUGAUUCAGACUAUUUGGACGAUGACGACGAACCCAAAUUCCGACGUAAUCGUACCACAUUUACCCCUGAUCAGCUUGAAGAGUUGGAGAAGGAGUUCGAUAAAAGUCACUACCCUUGUGUAAGCACUAGAGAACGUUUGUCCAGCCGUACUUCAUUGAGUGAGGCUAGAGUACAGGUAUGGUUUUCAAAUCGCAGGGCAAAGUGGCGUCGGCAUCAACGUAUGAAUCUGCUAAAGCGACGCUCUAGUCCCAUAAGUAAUUCUUCAGCAGCUCACUACUCUCAGCAAUCGUUGGAAACAUGCAGCAAUCAUACUUCUGCAUCUCCUACCCCUAGCACCAAUAGCAAUGCAUCGACUUGUCCCAAUGAUCAACCGCCAAUGGCCACGCAACAACUCCAAACAGCUCCACCAAUUUCCGAUGUUUCCCAUUCACAAGGUCCACAGCCCAGCCUAGCGGUUCAACCCACUACAUUGCCUGCUCACAUACCACCUAUGCACACGCACCAUCCAGAUCCACAAUCGGCAGCAGCGGCCUUACUGCUCAAUCACUAUCAUCAGCAACAUCAGCAAUUGGCUAAAGGCCAAUCGCCGACUCUAAGUAUGUCCUCAGCUUCCUUUGGGGUGUUGGGUAAUGAGUCGCAUCAGCAAUUGGCAGCAGCGAUAGCAACGGGAUCGCCUACACUUUCUAUGGGCGGAGAACACAGUGCAUUUCGAUCCCUGGUCAACACACCCUCUGCAGCGGCAUUUGCGUUAGGGUUGGCAAGACAAUACGCUGUAGCCGCCUCUUUAUCUGCUGCAGACCAUGAUAAUCAUAAUGCAGCUCCUAGUGAACAUAUCUCAAAGCCGGUUUCGGUGAAUGACUCCGAUUCCGACGAAGAGGAAAUAAAUGUCCAUGACGACUCCAACGAUGCCGAGACUAGUUUCUACGCUUCAGCUUCUGGCUCUGGUUCUGAAGCCAAUCAGCAGGCUAGGGCUCCCAUUCAACUUGUAAAGCAUGAGCGUUGAUCGCAGGGUGCCGGUGAUGUUUACCAUGGUGCUAUCAACCCAGUGUAACACAAUUGUUAAUGUGCAAUCAUACGCUUACCAACGAUAUCUUUACCAAAGUUUUUCAAGACUUAACAAAUACCUACAUUCAAAUCAUACGAUGCCACAGGCUUCUGGUAGUUAUACGCGAACGCCAAAUCCUGUUCUGCUUGUGAAGUCUUCAAGGCACUCUUAUUCAAUCAUACCUCACUUCUAACUUUAUUACUACUCUAGGAUCCGUGAGAUUGUCCAUAGCUACACAGCUGAGGUGGAGACGGAGGUUCUUCCCAAUCAACUACAUUUUGACGACUUAGAUGCAAUCACAUCAACGAUGUACAGUAGAAUACGAUGGUUUAAACUAGGAAUAAUUAAUUUAAAUUUUCCCUCCUACUACUUCUUCAUUAUCUAGCAAUUAUAACAUAAAUAAAUCCAAUGCAUAUCAGAUUUUUCAAAUUCAAA